AUGAAAUUAUCAUCAGUUAUUUCCACUGCAUUAUUCACCAUCUCAGCUCAAUGUGCAACUUUACCAGCUGAUCAAUCCUCAUUCACAACAUUAACACCAACUGGUUCAGCUCCACAAGGUGCUGCAACUGAUUUCACUUCAUCUUUCGGUAUUGGUGUUUUAACUUUAGCCUCAAGUGGUGCUCCAACUCCAACUGGCUCUUCAGGUCCAGUUGCUAAAAGAGAUGAUCAACCAGAUGCUUCAUCAUAUAUUAAACAACGUGCAACAAAGAAUGAAGGUUCUUUAUCAUUAAAGAUUGAGAAAUCAGUCUUGAGUGAUGAAUCUGGUAGAAUUGGUUCGAUUGUUUCAAACAGACAAUUCCAAUUUGAUGGUCCACCACCACAAGCUGGUGCCAUUUAUGCUGCUGGUUGGUCAAUCACACCAGAAGGUGUUUUAGCCUUAGGUGACCAAACAAUCUUCUAUCAAUGUUUAUCAGGUAACUUUUACAACUUAUAUGAUGAAAAUGUUGCCGAACAAUGUCAUGAAAUCAACUUGCAAGUUGUUGGUUUUGAUUAA